AUGACACUCCUCGGCCUGGCUCGUUCACACGCACGCUCGUCUGCUUCCCGAAUUGGUCUCACCGCUUCCACUUCCGCAUCCAUCGUUUCUAGCAAGACUUUUGCUGCCAGUGCUUCCACCGCCAUGUCGCGCUACUCAUCCACCUCCACCAAGAGCGGUGGCAUCGGCAACGGACCCAUGUACGAGGGUCAGAGCGCGAUGCCGCACCUUCCCGUGCCUGCUCUCGAGCAGACGCUGAAAAAGUACCUUCGAAGCACCGUGCCGCAUCAGACCAGCGAGUCACUCGCCAAGACUGAAGCAGCCGUCGAAUCGGCCCUGUCGGGAGAGGAUGCCAAGCUCGUCCAGACGCUCCAGCAGCGUCUCGAGGAUCGUGCCGCCAAAGAGGGCCGCGAGAGCUGGCUCAGCGAAUGGUGGAAUGAUGCCGCCUACAUGGCCUAUCGCGAUCCCGUCGUGCCGUACGUCAGCUACUUCUACGCCCACAAGGACGACAAGACGCGCCGCACCGGUCCCAAGCGUGCCGCUGGCUUGCUCAAGGCUUUCCUGGCCUUCCGCCGAUUGCUAGAGACCGAGCAGCUGGCCCCUGAGAAGGGCAAGGCCGGUCCGCUCUGCAUGAGGUCGUACAAGUGGAUGUUCAACUCGAACCGUAUCCCCGAAAAGCCCUCGGACACGGCGGUCAAGUACGACUGGCAGGCCAACAACCACCUCGUCGUCCUGCGCAACGGUCACUUCUACGAGUUUGACCUGGUCCACAACGGCGAAGAGCUCAGUGAGGCCGAGAUCGAGUCGCAGCUGCAAAAGAUCCUUUCGGAUUCGGCCUCGAGUAAACCGGCUCCGCAGCCUAUCGGUGCUCUUUCGUCCAACAACCGUGACAAGUGGACCGACUCGCGCAAAGCGCUCGCUUCCAUCUCUGGCAACCAGGAAGCGUUGGAACGCAUCGACAGCUCGGUGAUUGUCGUCUGCCUCGACGAGACCGCACCUCACAGCAUCGAGUCGACCGCUUGGGGUCUGUGGUGCGGUGACGGCAAGAACCGCUUCUACGACAAGCAGCAGAUCAUCACUUUUGCCAACGGAAAGUCCGGAUUCAUGGGCGAGCACUCGAUGAUGGACGGUACCCCGACACUGCGUCUCAACGACUUUGCCAUCCAGGCUUUGCAAGCCGGCCAGAUCGACCUGGGCAGCUCGAAGCGCACUGAUCUGCCUGCGCCCAAGCAAAUCCAGUUCAAGACGGACAAGACUGUCGAGGCUCAGAUCGAAGAAAGCAUCAAGGACUUCGAAAAGCUGAUGGGCAGUCACGAUCUCUCCAUCCUGGACUUCCAGGGUUACGGCAAGGGAGCGAUCAAGAAGUUCAAGUGUUCGCCCGAUGCGUGGGUGCAGAUGGUGAUCCAGCUCGCCUACUUCAAGAUGUUUGGCAAGCCUUGCCCCACGUACGAAUCGGCGCAGACGCGAAAAUUCAAGUGGGGACGUACCGAGACCAUCCGUUCGGCCAGCGUCGAGUCCCUUGCCUUCUGUAAGGCUAUGGAGUCGCACGAGGCUUCGGACACGGAACGAUACGAGAAGUUCCAGGCGGCUGUCAAGCAGCAUCUCUCGUACGCUACCGCAGCUGCCGACGGUCAAGGUGUCGACCGUCACCUGUUCGGUCUCAAGAAGCUGCUCAAGGAAGGCGAAAAGGUGCCCGCCAUCUACGAAGACCCUGCGUACGGAGCGAGCGCAACGUGGAAGCUGUCCACCUCGCAGAUCUCGUCCGAGGUGUUCGCCUGCUGGGGCUUCGGUGAGGUAACACCGGAAGGCUUCGGUUGCGCUUACGCUAUCAAGGAGAACUCGUUGACCCUCACCUUGACUUCGCUCAAGCUCGGUGCGUCCGACUUGCGACACUACAUCAACGAGGCUGCCGUCGAAUUGCGUGACAUGCACUUGAGGCUGCAGCAGAACGAGGCUCCUAAGAGCAAGGCUUGA